UGUGUGCGUGCGUGCGACAUCCGAUCUACGCGUAAGCGAUCCGAGCUUUAGCGGGCGUGCAGCUUGCGCGUCGCCGUCAGUGCGGCUCCAGACGACGGCCCGUCGACAGAAAGAAGAGCAGAAGAUGAGGUUCCUCGUAAUCGUUGCUACGCUCGUGCUUCUAUUCGGCGCAUGCCAUGCCGACGUGACGAUCGAGACCAAUGAGAUCGACGACGACAAAGUUGGCGCAGACAUGCGCGAGGAAGCCGCGCAAGACACUCCACUCGGCGAGCUCUUCGAGAACGCGGCCCAGGCGUACCUCGAUGAGGACUGGCGCGGCUGCAUCGGCGGCUUCGACGAGGCUCUUUACAGAUACAAGAAGUACAAACGUAUAGUGACGAUCUGCCGGCGAAAGUGCAAGACGGAGGCGGCGGGCUCCUCGCCGGUCUUUGCCGAGGACAUCGAGGAUCUACAUUUUUACGAAAGGAAAGUGCGGGAGACGCUCUGCCUGAUGAAGUGCAAUCAGGAUUACCGAGAGAUCGCGGGCGCGGGGGCGCUUAAACGGCUCCCACGCCACAUCGAGAAGAAAUUCGUCGAUCACGUCGCUUACGAGUAUCUUCACAUCUGCUAUUUUCAGGAAGGACAGUAUCAAGACGCAGCGAACGCGGCCUUCACCUUCCUGACCUACCAUCCUGAGCACGAAAUGAGCAGAAGGAAUCUCAAGCACUACCUGACCCUGCCUGGCGUAGUCGAGGAGAAGGUCGUGAAUCUGGAGGCGGCCCCUUUCGUCCAAACGUACGUCCGGGGAGUUCAGGCGUACGAGGAUGAGAAUUACAAGGAGGCUGUGGGCGAAUUCGAGACCUCCCUCGAGUCUUACAUAGAAUCCGAGGAGGAGUGCCGGAUUUACUGCGAGGGCCCGUUCGACCAAGGAUGGUAUCCCGAGUUCACUUCGUCGGUAGCGAAUCAUUUUGCCUUCUGUCUGAAGUGCAAGCGCGGCUGUUCCCUCGGCUUGAACAGCGUGAACGGCGAAUAUCGCAGCAAUUUGCUCAGCAGCCAUUACAAUUACUUGCAAUUUGCUUAUUACAAGUUGGGUAAUUUGAGAGCAGCCUGCGCAGCGGUUGCGAGUUACUUGUUAUUUUUACCCGCGGAUGAGACGAUGCUUCACAAUAAGGAUUACUAUAGCGCCCAGCCGAAGGUGACGGAUGAAUACUUUACGCCAAGACAGGAGGCGCUUGUUUACGUGAAGAGGCAAGAAUACGAAUUGAUGCUUUUGCAUUACAUAUCGGAAGAGUUCGCAGUGAUCGACGCCAGGUUCGACGCAUUCUCCAAGAAGAAUAAGGCGAAGAAGACUGACAAGAAGAAGAAGAAGAAGGGAGAGGGGAAGGAAGAGAAAGAACUGGGAAAGAACUCUCUCGCAAGAUCGAUCCUGCACCCUCCCCCGGGCCAUUCUCCGGAUAUCCGGAUGCAAUACUUGGGAAAUCUAUCGGCGAUAAGGGAUAAGGAGGAAGAAAGGGAAACGCGUAGGGACCGAGUCGCGCAGAAAGAUGACGUGCGAUUGGUAGCAGCGGAAAACGAGCUCGGUGGAAGAAAUCGUUACGUGGCCGACGGUUUUCUCAAUUCGACCGAGUGCGAUCUGCUCACGCAACUGGCUCAGAUUGCUGUGGAGGGAGACGGCUACGAGGAGAAUAAGAGUCCGCAUUCGCCCUAUGAGCGCUUCGAAGGCGUGACUGUCGGCAGAGCCGCAUUGAUGGUAUACUUCGGUCUGACGAAGCCGGAGCUGCUGGAACUGUUGUUGCGACACACAGAGGCAGCUCGCGAUCACGUGGAAAGGUAUUUCGACCUUGAUCAACAACUGUAUUUCACCUACACCCAUUUGGUCUGCCGAACGGCAUUACCCGAUGCGCCGGCGAAUCGAAUGGAUCUCAGUCACCAGAUACACGCUGAUAAUUGCUUGAUAAAGAAUGACAGCUCCUGCGUGCGGGAAAGUCCCGCGUACACCUGGCGGGACUACUCGGCGAUCCUGUACCUUAACGACGACUUCGACGGCGGCGAGUUCUUUUUCGUCGACGAGCGGAAGGAACAUCGGGUUCAAAGCACUGUAAAGCCCCGAUGUGGACGUAUGGUGGCAUUCUCCGCCGGUGGUGAGAAUCUUCACGGUGUGCGGGCUGUACGUGGCGGCAAGAGGUGCGCCGUGGCGCUGUGGUUCACCCGGGACGAGAAGUACUUAGAGUAUGAGAGGGUGGUGGCGGAUACCAUGCUGAAGAGGGUCCGCUGGUUGGGUACAGUUCCACAGAAGGGCACUCGAAUACCUUCCAGGUACGAGGACGCGCUGAUCCAAUGCUUCAAGGAAGACGAGACGCUGAGAUAUAUACUGAGGGAAUCUUCAUGAGGAAGAAGCGAAGAUGAUAACACCGAUUGCGCAAGUUUUCGCGACAGCGUAGCAGUGCUGUUUGCAUCGCUUUCUCGAUGAAAUGGCUGGUCCAUUGAGCCGGAAACUCGAGGGAAUUUUUCAGCGAUUAUUUAUAACGACGAUAAGUUAUGUCAUAAGACCAGUGUGAUGUUUUGAAACGUGCACUUCCGCGAGAGUCGGUCGAUAUUUAAUUUUAGAAUGCACCAAGUUCGCGAAAACUUUCAGCGAAUUGCAUCACUCGCACUACACCGGAUUAGCGCACACUGAAGGCCACUACACACAUAAAGUAUACAAGUACAAUGGCGUAUCGUAAGUACUUUGAUGAUGAAAUAAUGUAUAAAUAACAUGAAAAUAUCAUUAUUAGAUGUUUAAUCGUUCAAAAUGUUUACAUAUAUUUUCUUAUAUAAUCAACCGCUUCAUUCAGCCUUCAGCAUGCACCAAUCCGGUGUAACGCGGGUGAUCGAAUUCGCUAUUAAGCAAUAACGCAAUGAUGGCACACGAUGGAAUACCCUGCGAUCGUCGCUGCUGCGACACCACUGUUUAUAGAAAAUAUUCUAAAUCUUUAUUAGAACAUGGACAUUACAUGUCAACAGGUUUACAUAAUCACGCUAUGCAUCGCGCAACAUGUGUGUUUAUAUGUGUGUGUAUGCGUGCGUGCGUGUGUGUAUGUAUGUAUGUGUGUAUGAUCGCAUUAUUUAAUUUAUUUCUCGUAUUUAUACUAUGUAUAAGAGUUACUCGUGUACGCAACCGCGUUGCAGCCGCGUGCAGCGGCCGCACGCAUGUAUCAUCAUCAUCUUCUUCUGCCUCUUCUCUUUAUUUAUUACACACGGUGCCCUGUACACACGAUGUUGGACUUUAUACGUUCUCUUUAUAAAUCAAUUCCGUCGAUUAAGCGUGCGUAUGUACCGGUCGCCACUAACACCGUUGCCGGUGUUGCUACAUCUCGCCCCUACAAACGGCCGACCUGUCCGUCCUGCGUCGUCGUAAUCGCGGGACAAACAGCGAGAGACGCACUCGCCAGAUCGCCGAUAAGACGCGAACGAUUCGGGAGGAGCAAGGUGAAGGUUGUCGAAGAGAGAGAGAGAGAGAGAGAGAGAGAGAGAGUGCAGAAACUCGUAUUCCACGCUCUCUCCGAGAUCUCGCGGCUUCUGAGGCGACGUCGAAAUGGCUAUGGUUAUGCAAGAAGGAUUCAACCCACAAGAUUAUGAUUUUUGAGAUUUUAUCUUUUUACGUACAACUGAAAGAUUUAAGUCUUAUAUUUUAAAGAUUAAUUAAAAUUAAUUAAAAAAUUGCCUAAAAUUAA